AUGGCGGCGGUGGGCGCGGGCCCGGGCCCGGUCUCGGCGGGAGGCGGGCGCUGGGAGGUGGUGCGGAAGGGACGGCGGACUGCGGGCGGCACCGGCAGCCGCCGCGCCCUGGGCGAGGCCAAUGCCGGCCGGGUGCUGUCUUUGGCCGCUCCCAUUGCUACCUCCGACACCAUUUUCGAGCUGGGCUUUGAGAGGACGCUGAAGAAACAGAACAAGGAGCAGGUUCCUCCUACCUCAGCUCCUGAACAGCCACAUCGGAGGCAGCAUGCAGGGAAGAGCACGAAGAAGCCACCGUCGAAUGAUGCCAGCAUCAAGCCGGGCAAGUGCCGCACACUGGAGGAAGCCCUGAGAGCUCUUGACCUGGCAGACCUGCAGAAGGAGCUGGCUAAGAGCCAGAGCAUGUUCCCUGAGAACCCAUCCGUCUGGGUGAAGGACCUGGCUGGAUACCUCAACUACAAGCUGCAGACUCCCCGGAGUGACCCCUUGCUCAGCCAGCACCCCCAUGACUACCCAUACUGCCUGGUGAACAAGGAGCUAAGGAACAUCAUCAGAUCCCUGCUGGGAAAGUCAUCCAGUGUGCUGGAGCUCUUUUUUGAUCACUGUGUUUACACCAUGCUGCAGGAGCUGGACAAAACGCCAGGAGAGUCGCUGCAUGGGUACAGGAUCUGCAUUCAGGCCCUGCUUCUGGACAGACCCAAAAUUGCCACCACGAACCUGGGCAAGUACUUGGAGGUGUUGCGGUCCCAGCAGAACAAGCCAGCGAAAUGCCUCACUGUCCUCUGGGCACUGGGACAGGCUGGACACACUGACCUCCACGAGGGCCUGAAAGUGUGGCUCGGUGUCAUGCUCCCGGUGCUAGGAAUCAAAUCUCUGUCCCCUUACGCUGUUACCUAUCUGGACCGUCUGUUGAUGAUGCACCCAAACCUGACCAAAGGCUUUGGCAUGAUUGGACCCAAGGAUUUCUUCCCCCUCCUGGAUUUUGCCUUCAUGCCCAACAACUCACUGCCACCCAACCUGCAGGAGGAGCUGCGGCAGCUCUACCCUCGCCUGAAGGUGCUGGCGUUUGGCGCAAAGCCAGAGACCACACUGCACACCUACUUCCCCUCCUUCCUCUCCCGAGCAACGCUGAGCUGCCCUCCCAGCAUGAAAAAAGAGCUCCUAACCUCCAUGAGCCAGUGCCUGAGCCUGGACCCCCUGAGCUUCAGCGUCUGGAGGCAGCUCUACACCAAGCACCUUUCCCAGUCCAGUUUGCUUCUGAACCAUCUACUGGAGUCCUGGGAGAGCAGCAGCAAGAAGGUGCAUCAGUCACUGCAGGAAACGGUUCACUCAUUCAAAGUGACGAAUGAGGAGCUGGUGGCAAAGGGUUCCAGCAGUGACCAGGAUGUGUCUGCCUGCGACGCUGCCUGCAAGGAGCUGCUGCACAAGAUGAAGGGCCGGGGCGUCCCCUGGUCCCGGCUGCUGCUCGUCCUCCUGGUCUUUGGGGCUGGCUUCCUCCUGCACGACGUUCGGACUCAUGGCUCCUUCCAGGCCUCCUCUUCUGCUCGCCUGCUUCGUUCCACCAGCAUCCUGCCAGUCUCUCAGCAAGCCUGGAAGAAGGUCUCCCACAGCUGCCUGGAAGGGUACAGGUGGCUGGAGCAGACCCUGCCUGUCUACAGCUCCCAGGCAGUGGCUGUCCUGCAGCCACAGCUGGAGCUGCUCUGGGUGAAGAGUGUUGAGCUGGCCCUGUACAUGUCUGAGCAGAGUUUCUCUCUGCUCUCUGGCAUCCAUGACAGCUUGCCUGGCUUCAUCGAGUGGCUCCAGUCCCAGGUGCCGCAGUUCCUGCUGCAUUUUGCCGAAUGCGUCCGAGAGCUGCUGCUGUUCCUGGUGCGGAGCUGCCUGCUGCCGCUGCUGGACUGUGUGGCCACGGCGCUGGAGCGAGUCUGGCAGCACUGCCUGGACUCCUGCAACGGAGAAGUGUCCUGGGACUGUGUGAGGGAACACCUGACGAGCUUUUCCUAUUCCUCUUGGAUUUACCUGCAAAACACAACCAUAGCUGUCAAAAACUGGGCCUUGGCCAUGAUUUCCGGACACUGACCUGCUUCCUGGAGGAGAGGGGACACACAGUCCUGCCGUCUCCCGAUGCUCCAGCCACCGAGGAGUGUCUCCAGCACAACGUGGGAUGGAGGGAGACUCACAUGGGGGUUUUGGGCUCAAAUCUGAGCUUACAGAGGAGUUUUUUUCUUUCCUAGGCAACACACAUCCAGGUCUUUUCCACACCAUGUGAAUUCCUUUUGUCUUUCCCUGUCCCGUGUUACGUGGGCAAGUGACUCCCAUGUUCCCUCUCCUCCCCCUCAGUUCCCAUGGCUGAAUGAA